UGAAAACCAACUGCGGAAGUUAGGCUACUUCUUUGAUACCGUAAAGUUUCCAAUACAAUUUAGUAUUCAUGUACUAGAACGGCUAUACCUGUGAAGACUUUUACAAUACGGGUCGGAGUCUGCUUGAAAAUAAUAACCUAAUCUAACUGACUAUGUGUAUGCGCGUGGCGUGUUCCGGCAGCAGGUUACGAGCUCUGGCGCUUAUCACUUAGAGACAGACAGACAGACACACACACACACACACAAUGUUUGUGAAGGCUCGCGGUGCUUCGAUAAGGGCCCUGCUGCGCUCCGCGACACUCGACAUCGGUGCUGCGCGCCGUGGGCUCGCGGCGGCCGCCGGAGUGGAGCGCGCGCGCGCUUCGGCCGCGCACAGAGAGCCCGGCGGGCCGCUCCGGGUCCGGACUGUGGACCUCCGCAGUGACACGGUGACAAAGCCCGGAGCAGCGAUGCGUCGAGCCAUGGCCGAAGCACAUGUGGGAGACGAUGUGUUCGGAGAGGACCUCACGGUGAACGAACUCCAGAAGCGAGCAGCAGACAUUUUUGGCAUGGAAGCAGCACUAUUCGUGCCCUCUGGAACCAUGAGUAACCUCAUUGCUGUCAUGGUCCACUGCUCAGAGCGAGGAGACGAGAUGAUUGUGGGGGACCUUGCCCACCAGCACGUCUAUGAGCAGGGAGGCAGUGCACAGGUGGCUGGUGUUCACUCCACCACUGUAUCCACCCAGUCUGAUGGAACCUUUCACCUCGAUGAGGUGGAGUCCAAAAUCCGUCAUGGCUACCCAAAAGUCCACUUCACUCGUUCCCGGCUGGUCUGUGUGGAGAACACACACAACCUCAGGGGUGGUCGUGUGCUCCCCCUUUCCUUCCUUCAUGAGUUGCGCUCUUUGGCAGACCGCUAUGGUCUAGCAGUCCACAUGGAUGGGGCCAGGCUCAUGAAUGCUGCCGUGGCCCUCGGUGUGUCUCCAUCUGUCAUUCUUCAGCACUGUCACACUGUCAGUGUUGGCCUGUCCAAGGGUCUAGGUGCUCCUAUGGGCACCAUGCUGGGGGGUUCAAAGGACUUUGUGGAAAGAGCAGUACGUGUCCGCCAAGCCCUGGGUGGGGGACUGCGCCAGCUGGGCAUCCAAGCCACGGCAGGCAUAUUAGCGCUGACAGACAUGGUUGGCCGCCUAAAGGAGGACCAUCGCCGUGCAAGGAUCUUUGCCCAGGCGCUGAAAGAGUGUGACCCCCCUCUGUAUGAAGUGAACAUGGCUUCUGUGGAGACCAACAUCUUACGUUUUCGUCUGAAUGACCCACGCCUGAGCCCAGCUGAGUUUUGUCAGCGUGCCGCCACUGUCUGUGAGAAUGAGCUCCAGGUGCUGGGACAUGGGGUACGGGUGCUCAUGUUUCAUAACGCAUGGGGCUCCAUCAGAGCUGUCUUUCACUUGGACAUCAGUGAUGACGACGCCCAGGUUGCUGUAGAAAAACUGCACUUCCUGGCUCGGCAGGUCGCAGAGCAGCGAGAUGAAGGGCAGAGGAUAUAAUGGCAGUGUUGCACUGAAUGCCACCCAUUUUUGCUGUAGGCUUCACUGUUUGCAGAUGAGAAGAACUGGAAUUUUGAAGUGUAAUCUUUGAAAGUGUUGGAAUCGCUGGAGAGCCUGUACCAGGCCAGAACCAUCAGGAGAGCCAUUAACAUCAUCAAGGACAAU